GGGGCAUACCAGGGUGUCCGUGGGGCCUCUGUCGGAAGUCACCCGGGCUGCCGCCCCCGCUGUCGCGCGGUCUCUUCCCCUCAGCUGCCUCGAGCGGGUGCAGGCGACCGGCGGGGCUGCGGGUGGCCGCGCGGACGCCAGCCUCGCAGCCGAGCCGCUCUUCUGGGCCACGGCCAGGUGCGGAGGGGGGACUGGAAGAUGGCGCCGGCUCCCCUAGGCGUCCUGGGGUGUCGGUCCGCACCCCUGUGGUGGCUCCUCUUCCUCGUGCAGGCCGUUCUCCUGCCCGCCGCUGCAGCCGGUCUCUGCCCCGGGCUCUGCUUUUGCCGCAUGCCUCUGCUGGACUGUAGCCGCAGGAAACUGCCCGCGUCGAGCUGGAGGGCGCUGUCGGGCCCGCUGCCCCCCGACACGGCCAGCUUGGAUUUGAGUCAUAAUCGACUCUCUAACUGGAACAUCACCUUGGAAUCACAAACAUUACAGGAAGUGAAAAUGAACUACAAUGAGUUAACAGAAAUACCAUCUUUUGGAGAACCAACAUCCAAUAUUACUCUACUUUCACUAGUCCAUAAUAUGAUUCCAGAAAUCAAUGCAGAGGCAUUCCAGCUUUACUCUGCUCUUGAAAGUUUAGACCUCAGCUCAAACAUAAUAUCCGAAAUCAAGACAUCCUCGUUUCCUCGAAUGCAGCUUAAGUACCUGAAUUUGAGUAAUAACAGGAUAACCACCUUGGAAGCUGGUUGCUUUGAUAACUUGUCAAGUUCCUUAUUAGUGGUAAAGUUAAACCGGAACCGAAUUAGCAUGAUCCCACCAAAGAUCUUCAAGCUGCCCCACCUCCAGUUUUUGGAACUUAAAAGAAACAGGAUUAAAAUUGUAGAAGGUCUUACAUUCCAAGGGCUUGAUUCUUUAAGAUCUUUGAAAAUGCAGCGGAAUGGAAUUAGUAAACUUAAGGAUGGAGCAUUCUUUGGCCUCAAUAACAUGGAAGAACUAGAACUGGAACACAAUAAUCUUACUCGGGUGAACAAGGGAUGGUUGUAUGGCUUGCGAAUGUUACAGCAGCUCUAUGUGAGCCAGAAUGCCAUUGAAAGAAUCAGCCCUGAUGCAUGGGAGUUCUGCCAAAGGCUGUCUGAACUUGAUUUGUCUUAUAACCAGCUGACCCGCCUGGAUGAAUCGGCCUUUGUGGGUCUGAGUUUACUGGAGAGAUUAAAUUUGGGGGACAACAGAGUCACUCACAUUGCUGAUGGUGUAUUUAGAUUUCUUUCCAAUCUUCAGACUCUAGAUUUAAGAAACAAUGAAAUUUCAUGGGCCAUAGAAGAUGCUAGCGAAGCCUUUGCUGGACUUACAAGCCUCACUAAGCUAAUAUUACAAGGAAACCAGAUUAAAUCAAUUACAAAGAAAGCAUUUGUUGGUCUCGAAUCUCUUGAGCAUCUGGAUUUGAACAACAAUGCUAUAAUGUCUAUUCAAGAAAAUGCUUUUUCUCAAACUCACUUGAAAGAAUUGAUUCUGAACACAAGCAGCUUGCUCUGUGACUGCCACUUAAAGUGGUUCCUUAAAUGGCUGGUUGAUAACAACUUUCAUCAUUCCGUGAACGUGAGCUGUGCGCAUCCUGAGUGGCUCGCUGGGCAAAGCAUCCUGGAUGUGGAUGUGAAAGAUUUUGUCUGUGAUGAUUUUCUGAAGCCGCAGAUACGGACACAUCCUGAAACGAGGGUUGCUCUGAGGGGAAUGAACGUGACUCUGACGUGCAGUGCCGUGAGCAGCAGUGACUCCCCUAUGUCCACCGUGUGGCGCAAAGACAGCGAGAUCCUGUACGACGUGGAUAUUGAGAACUUUGUGCGUUAUUGGCAGCAAGCUGGAGAAGCUCUGGAGUAUACUAGUAUCUUACAUCUGAUCAAUGUGAAUUUCACAGAUGAAGGGAAAUAUCAGUGUAUCGUUACAAAUCACUUUGGUUCCAAUUAUUCUCAGAAAGCCAAACUGACUGUGAAUGAGAUGCCAUCCUUUCUGAAAACGCCAAUGGACUUGACCAUCCGCACUGGUGCCAUGGCCAGAUUGGAAUGUGCUGCAGAGGGGCACCCCGCACCUCAGAUUUCUUGGCAGAAGGACGGUGGUACUGACUUUCCUGCAGCUCGAGAGAGGCGCAUGCAUGUCAUGCCUGAGGACGAUGUCUUCUUCAUCGCCAACGUGAAAAUAGAAGAUAUGGGCGUCUACAGCUGCAUGGCGCAGAACGAGGCAGGAGGCCUCUCAGCCAACGCCUCGCUCACAGUUUUAGAGACACCCUCCUUUGUUAGACCCCUGGAGGACAAGACAAUAACCCGAGGCGAAACAGCUGUGCUGCAGUGCAUAGCUGGAGGCAGUCCUGCCCCUCGCCUGAACUGGACCAAAGAUGAUGGCCCACUGCUGGUGACAGAACGACACUUCUUUGCUGCUGCCAACCAGCUGCUCAUCAUUGUAGACGCUGGGCUGGAAGAUGCUGGAAAGUACACCUGCAUUAUGUCCAACACCCUUGGAACAGAACGCGGCCACAUUUACCUAAAUGUCAUUUCAUCCCCCAAUUGCGACUCUUCUCAGGGUGGCCUUGGGCAUGAAGAUGAUGCCUGGACCACAGUUGGCAUUGUCAUCAUCGUUGUGGUCUGCUGUGUUGUGGGCACUUCCUUGAUCUGGGUCAUUGUCAUUUACCACAUGAGAAGGAAAAGCGAAGACUAUAGCAUCACCAACACAGAGGAGCUCAAUUUACCUGCAGACAUUCCCAGUUACUUGUCAUCCCAGGGAACGUUGUCGGAGCCGCAGGAAGGCUACAGCAACUCGGAGGCAGGCAGUCAUCAGCAGCUCAUGCCUCCUGGCAACGGCUACAUCCACAAAGGCACUGAGGGUGGCGCUGGUCCCCGGGUGAUGUGUUCAGAUUGCUGUGAGAAUGCCAACAUGUACUCCAGGAGCCGGGACUACUGUCCGUACACCUAUGUCGCUGAGGAGGAUGUUCUAGAUCAGACACUGUCCAGCCUUGUGGGUCAGAUGCCCAAAGAGCCUUACUUGACACAUCCUCCCCAAGACGCUACAGUCCUGGACGGCCUGGUAGCGUCAGCAGACAGAGAGCUGUCAGCCUUUCCCACCAACCAUGAGAGGACAAGUGAGAAGAAACUACCCUCCACGAAGGCAAACAGUGAAGCACUGCAGCACCCUCUGUGGAACAUGAACAGAGAGCUGGGCCUGCCCCAUCCUCCCUGUUCCCAGCAACCAGUCUUCGAGACACCACGGCUCCAUCAGAAGGAAGGCCUGGCCGAGAGGGAUCCAGACUGUUCGUCCUCCUCCGUGACCUGCCACAGGUUACACGACCACACUCUUGAUUUCAGUAGGACUCGGGACAUUCAAAAUUGUCCUGAGGGCACAUGAAACUCACUGCGGGAUCAAACACAGGCCUAGACUGAAAGUAAUUGAUUUUGUAUUUACUACCUCAGCGUUCAGAAGCAACCCCAAAGUCAGCCUUUAUUUUACUCUUUGUUUAUGAUUGCACCUGCCCACGCUGGGGUGGGCCAGGCAUUUGUCUGGUCCUCUGCCUGUUGAAGCAAGGGUAGCAGCUGACGGACAUGCGAGCACGGGGUCAGAAAUACGCAGCACUGGCAGAGGAAGACGCGGGGCGAAAGUGCCUCCUGCCCGCUGCCCCGGGAUGUGCCCAGCAAGCCCCGCCUGCCAGGAGGCCUCCCUGCUGCUGAGCGUCCUAGAUGGUCCCACCACCAGAGUGAGCCUGAGGAAGCAUCACGAUUCCGAUGGUCUGCUUUUCCUUCCAAGGAACAGGAACAGCAUGGGGACCCUCCAAACGUGUCUGAGAUUCUUGGGGGAUUUGAAGCAGCUCGUGGAGAUGAGGGCUUUGAUAUUCAAAGUCUUUACAAAGUGUCUCAGGCUUGAUCAGCUGGUACCAGCUCAAAAGGUUUUCUAUUGUGAGUUUAUUUUUGUCCCUAAUGCCCAGGGAUUUCAUUGUAAAUAUAUGUAUAUUGAUAAAUAAUUUUCUAUUCAUUGAUCAUACAUGUUGGCUGCAAUGUAAAUAUUUUUAUAUGCCAAAAUUAUAAAUAAUAUUCAGUUAUAAUAUUGACAGUGGCCUCUCAGAUCAUGGUUGUAUUUUGGGUUUAGUGAGACCUAAAAGCUGUUUUAAACAAGAUCUCACAAUGUAUUUGUUCAGAAACAUGUUUAAGAGGCGGGGUACCUAAUGACUAUACACACACACAGUCUGAGUGUAAUUACCCACUCUCUCCCUGCCUAGAGAUGCGUGUGUGUAAUCGUUUGCCAUCUGUUUACAAGUGCCAGGUGUUCCUCCCCUGCUGGUGUGAGCAGCUUACUCCAGCGGAGCCGGGUGCUGCCGUUUUAGCUGCGCACACAUGGAGCGGGGGUCUGGAGCCAGCGUGUUCCUGCAGCAUAGGACUUCGUUGACAGGAAACCAAAGACUGCUUCUUUCCUGUUCGCUUUCAUCUCUGUCUGGCCAGUGCACACAGUAUACCUUCAGAGCCGAAGUAGACUCUUGGGAGAACAGGUGGGCAUUCCUGUACUGUAAAGCUAUGGCAUGGUCCUUGGUCUGUACAAUGAUUAUGUAAACCAAAGGUUUUCUUGGAUUUCUCAUAUCAAAGAGCUCUUGUAAGCAAAGAGCACUCUCCUGCAAUGGAACAGAAUUCUUUCGUUUUGCUUUCAGCUUUCCUUACCCAGGCUGUCCCAUUCUCUCCUAUGAAUCC